UGUACACACUGUGAGGCAUUAAGAGUCGCUUCGAAGUUCAAAUUCUGAUAGCGAGGAUCGGAAUCAGCCGCCGCCUCUGUCAUGGGAAGCGUGAUUGUGGAUGCCUCGCGCUCUGAGGCAGCCAAAGCGGAGGAGCCGGAAUAUCCUUCGACCACGCCGCACCUUAAUGCGUUUGGUUUGCAAGUGCGUUCGACACCAUCGGCCGGGCGAGGAGUCUUUGCGACCCGAGAUGUGCCAGCAAGGGAGGUUAUAGAGAUUAGCCCCGUGCUCGUCUUUCCGGCUGACGAGUAUGAGCUGCAUGGACAGCAUACACUGCUCGAUAGCUACACCUUCGUUUGGCGCAAGCGCGAAAGGAGUCGGAAUGACAUGGCGCUCGCGCUAGGUUUGGGCUCGCUUUUCAACCACCAUCCUACAAGCCCGAACGUCAGCUACACGCUUGACCGAGAGCAUAAGUCUAUACGCUACAUCACCGUCCGAUCUGUUGCAGCCGGCGAAGAAUUGUGCAUCAGCUAUGGGGCUGGGAGAAUGUGGUGGGAGGGCGAGGGCAACGCCAAUUCACAGAAAGCAUUCGGAAAUGGCCGUCGGCGAGCGAGUGAUGCAUCUCUUCCGCCAACGGAAGAAACCGAGUGGCAGCGUAUGGCUAAUUUGGGCCUUGACGAACAGGAAGAAGACGUGCCUGUAGGAGCGUCCAGCCCCCUGCCUCAGACUGGCGUUCGAGACCGGCAGAAAGAAGAAACUGUCCCCAGGCCUGUGAUCGAAAUCAACGAGGGCUGCCCACUUUGGCGAGUGACGGCGGCUCAAGACCCGAUGCGCAUUCCUCUCAAGCUAGCCGACGCGUGGGUCAUCGACGUCCCGGCUCAGCUCAGCGGAAAAGCGAUAGCUUUCACGAGAACACACGCCGCAAAGCUGGGGAAGGAGUCAGCCGAGGCUGGUUGGCUUGCUCUCAGGCAUUUGCGCGCAGUUCGGGCAGCCGAUGCGCCGGAAUCAAAAGCCCUCUCUGAUGAAGCUGGAGGCGAAGCAAGUAGAACCGCGAGCGCGGACAAUGGGUCGCUCUUGACCGUCCUUUUGUGCUUGAAAAAUCCAGGCGCAGAGGAGAAAUAUGUGCUGGACCUGCUACGAAGAUCGGCACCCUUUUUCUCGGAAGACAAUGGGCGGCUGCCGCGAGUGGUUAAAGUGCCGACGACAUCAGCGCCUUGCAGGCAACGGCUGCCGGAGUGGAAUGCCUACUGGCCAGUAAAUGUGCGCGGAAAUGUGACUAGCACGGACGAGGCUGCAACAGGAUCAUCACUCAAGAUGAUCGACCGCGCUGCGGACCGCCGAAGCUGGACGCUCGCUCGACUCGACUGGGUGCGGACUGCUUUCCGACGCUGCGUGCGCCUGGCAGCAGUAGCGAAACAAAAAGGCGAACUCCCGAUCGGCGUGCAUGUCACGGAAGAUUUUGGCGCGAGCGCGCCGGCCUACUUUACACCGUACCUCUUCAGUAGCGACGGUGCAGCAGCUUCGGAGGACGAGCAGAAGGAAUCAUGGCGAAUAGAGGUGGACGCGCAUGAUGUACGAUGCAGCGAGCGCAACCCGCUCAAGCAUGGUGUGGUGAAUGCCAUUCGCAGCGUGGCGGACCUUCGCGUCGCGCGCGAGAAGGCGCGAGAGAAUGGACGCUUCUCUUCGAAAGGAGCCAAGACGACGUCUCAGCACAGCGGCACAGGCAGCAGCGACAGAACGCUUGCGGAGGACGACCCUACGCCGCGCCUUGUGAAUGGGCAGGACUACCUGCUGACAUCGCUGACACUAUUCAGCACACACGAGCCCUGUGUGUACUGCACAAUGGCCCUCGUUCAUUCGCGCGUACGCGCCGUCUACUUCCUCGUGCCCGCUCCCAAAGCGGGUGGGUGCUGCGGUGCGGCGCUUGGCGACAGGGGGGCGUGCGAGGGCAUGCUGGACGGUGGUCCAUAUGCGCUGCAGGAGCAGAGCGGGCUCAACCAUCGUUUCGAUGUUUGGCGGUGGGUCGGGCCUUGGAGUGAGGUCGGCGUAGAGGAUGCAGGCAUGCUCGAACUGAAUGGCUUGGAUCCAUGACCCUUAUACCUGUUGCUUCUGAAUCGCACUAUGCUACAGUAAAUG